CCGAGCAAAUAACCAACCCAACAUCACCACCGUCAACAAUGCUUUUGUCAAGUCCAAAGUCCAACCUCUGACUCACCAACACCGCCACCAGCCGCCCUACCCGCUACCAUUUCAAAAACAAACCCAAAGUUUCAAUCUUUUUUUCAUAUUACAAUGAAAAUGAAAGAUUCGUAAAUCUUUUCUAUGCUAUGGAGAACAACACGACAAUUUCAGAAAAUUCACUGGUUACCACAAUCUGCAACUCAAUUCAAACGCUGGGCCGUGGGUUCGAUGUUACAUCUGAUAUUAGGCUGCUGUACUGUAAAGGAGCACCUGGCUCUCGCUUAGUGCAUAUUGAUGAAGAGCACACCAACAAUCUUGAAAUCUCUGAAAAUCAGGUGAUCCCAAAUGUCUCUAUUGACAUCGAGUGCUCCAGAGGCCGGAGUUCCCCUGAGACCACCCCGGUUUGGCCCUUCCAUGAGAUGGCAAAAUACUUCAAUGAAAAGUCUAAUGUACCCGGACAUGUGCCGCUUGGAAGCUUUAACGCUAUGUUUAAUUUCACUGGCUGUUGGCAACUUGAUGCAGCAGCUACAAAAUCCCUUGCAAUGGUUGGACGUAUCAUGCCAUUAUUUAAGGUCAAAUUAGCAAAAUCGAAUUUAGUUUUGCGUGAUGACAUCAAGUGUGCAGUUCCCUAUUCUUGGGACCCCGCAUCAUUGGCAAGCUUUAUUGAGAAUUAUGGCACACAUAUUGUCACCUCUGCAACAAUUGGUGGAAGGGAUGUGGUCUAUAUUAGACAGCACCAAUCAUCACCUUUGUCAGUGUCAGAUAUUGAAAACUACGUAAAAGACAUAGGAGACCAGAGGUUCUCCGACUUAAAAAGCCAUACAAAUGCCGGCCCCUUAAAAUACAAGGACAAGGAUGUUACCGUGAUCUUUAGAAGAAGAGGGGGGGAUGACCUUGAGCAGAGUCAUGCCAAGUGGGCCCAGACUGUAGAGGCAGCCCCAGAUGUGAUUAACAUGACGUUUAUGCCCAUAGUCUCUUUGCUCGAAGGAGUUCCUGGAAUAAAUUACUUAAAUCGUGCUAUAGAAUUAUACUUGGAGUACAAGCCUCCCAUUGAGGAUCUACAGUAUUUCUUGGACUUCCAAAUUUCUCGGGUUUGGGCUCCAGAGCAGAACAAUCUACAGAGAAAGGAGCCUGUGUGUCCUUCCCUUCAGUUCAGUUUGAUGGGUCCCAAGCUUUAUAUAAGGCCUGAUCAGGUGACAGUUGGGCGCAAACCAGUCACAGGCCUCAGACUCAGCCUAGAAGGCAGUAAGCAUAAUCGUCUUGCUAUCCAUUUACAACAUCUGGUUUCUCUUCCCAAAAUUCUUCAACCCCACUGGGAUGCGCACGUGGCUAUAGGUGCACCCAAGUGGCAGGGUCCCGAAGAGCAGGAUAGCCGAUGGUUUGAACCAAUCAAGUGGAAAAAUUUCUCGCAUGUGAGCACUGCACCAAUAGAGUAUACUGAUACAUGCAUUGGAGAUCUAUCUGGUGUUCACAUUGUCACCGGUGCUCAGCUAGGCGUUUGGGAUUUUGGCGCCAAAAGUGUAUUACACCUUAAACUUCUCUUUUCCAAAGUACCAGGGUGUACAAUAAGGCGUUCCGUGUGGGACCACACCCCCGCCAACUUGUCAGCUCCACAAAGACCUGAUGGUUCAUCAACUUCACUGUCAGACGGUUCAAAUCAAAUUGGGAAACUUGCAAAAAUUGUGGAUGCAACAGAAAUGUCGAAAGGACCCCAAGACAUGCCGGGUCACUGGCUGGUGACAGGAGCUAAGCUCGGGGUGGACAAGGGAAAAAUUAUGUUACGGAUAAAGUACUCCCUAUUGAACUACUGAUAGAUCAUUGUGAUAGGCAAUUUAUUUGUACCUGUUUUCGCUGGUUAGCUAACUCUUUAAGCAUUUUUUUGCACAGGCAGCUGAUUUAUCUAUUUUGCUGCACAUUCUGUUGAUAUAGUUAAUUCAUUUUGCUUGAAAGUUGAAACUUUUGUUGUUGAAUAGAAUGAAUGUUUUGUUUCUUCUGGGUC